GUUGUGGCGGGACUGGUAUGAAUUUGCGGUCGUCGGCGGGGUAAGGAUGUCUCAGGAACGCGCGGCUCCGGCGAGCGCUGUGCCCUUGGAGGAAGUGAGUGGCUGGCCGGUGGAGACGUGCCGGCGGGAGCUGCCUUCCGUCUUGCCGCGGCUGCUCUCCAUGUAUCAACAUUCUGAGAGUUGGAUUGAGCAUAUCCAAAUUUUGAAAGUUAUUAUAGAGAUGUUUUUACCUCAUAUGAACCACCUAACGCUGGAACAAGCUUUCUUUUCACAAGUGUUGCCAAAGGCUGUAAAGUUAUUUGAUGACAUGAUGUAUGAAUUAACUAGUCAAGCUGGAGGUCUGUCAAGCCAAAAUUUAGAAAUACAGACCACUCUAAGGAAUAUUUUACAAACAAUGGUGCAGGUCUUGGGAGUUCUUACAGGAUGUGUUCAGCAUGUCUGUGCCACACAGGAAUCAGUCAUUCUAGAAAAUAUUCAUAGUCUUCCUUCUUCUGUCCUUCAUGUAAUAAAAAGUACAUUUGUACAUUGUAAGAAUAGCGAAUCUGUAUAUUCUGGACGUUUACACCUAGUGUCAGACCUUCUCCAGGCCCUCUUCAAGGAGGCUUAUUCUCUUCAAAAGCAACUGAUGGAAUUGCUGGACAUGGUUUUCCUGGACCCAUCAGUAGAUUCAAAUGAUGAUAUUUUGAAUAUGGUAAUAGUUAUCCAUUCAUUGUUGGACAUCUGCUCUGUUAUUUCCAGUAUGGACCAAGCAUUUCAUGCUAAUACUUGGAAGUUUAUAAUAAAGCAGAGCCUUAAGCACCAGUCAGUUAUAAAGAGCCAGUUGAAACACAAAGAUAUUAUUUCUAGCUUAUGUGAAGACAUUCUGUUCUCCUUCCAGUCUUGUUUACAGUUGGCUGAACAGAUGACACAGUCGGAAUCGCAGGAUAAUGCUGAUUACAGAUUAUUUCAGAAAACACUCAAACUGUGUCGUUUCUUUACCAACUCUAUUUUACACUAUACCAAGGAAUUUCAUCCUUUCCUCUCUGAUUCUUGCUCUAUAUUGCACCAGCUGUACCUUCAAAUACACAGCAAGCUUCCUCCAAGCCUGUAUGCUGCCCAGAUUUCCAAAGCACAACAGGAGGAAAUAGCAUGUACUUUCCUUGUGACACUGGAUCCACUUGUCAGUCAGCUUCUCACACUCCAUUCUUUUGUGCAGGCAGUUUUGGAUAGUAAAUUAGACCUGCCAUGUGAACUACAGUUUCCACAAUGUCUACUUCUGGUUGUUGUCAUGGACAAGCUGCCCUCUCAGCCUGAGCAUGUGCAGGCCCUGUGGUGCACAGAAAACCAAGUUUUGGAAGCUGCCACCAGGAUACCUCUACUUAAAGCCAUUUUCCACAGUUUUGAGCAGUGUUUUGGAGAACUCUCUCUGCCUGUUCAUUUACUGGGAGUAAAGAGUAAAGGGCAAGCUGAGGCGGCUGUCACCUUGUAUCAGCAUGUUUGUGUUCAUCUGUGCACAUUUAUUGCUUCCUUUCAUCCUUCGCUCUUUCCUGAGCUGGAUGCUGUGCUUCUGAACGCUGUGCUGAGUGUGAACAUGAUUACCUCCUUGUUAGCAAUGGACGUGUGGUGCUUUGUUGCUCGAUACGGGACUGCUGAGCUCUGUGCGCACCAUGUCACCCUAGUUGCUCAUCUGAUAAAAUCUUGCCAGGGAGAAUGUCAUCAGCUCAUCAACCUAUCAAUACUGUUGAAGCGUCUCUUUUUCUUCAUGGCCCCACCCCAUCAGGUGGAGUUUAUCAAGAAAUUUUCUCCAAAAGAAGCAGAAAAUUUGCCUCUAUGGCAGUGUAUCUCCUUCCAGGCCUUAUGUGGCGAGCUCAGGAAACAAACUGCACAGGAGGUCACCAGAGUGGGCACUGCACAGUGCAGGAGAUGGCUGAACACCAGUCCAACUUUGGGAGAACUCCAAUCUCUAAACACAGCCCUCUCUGCUGUACUUGCUGUGUGUAAUUCUGCUGCUGAAGCUUUAGAUGUUGCACAACAGACUGCAAUUAUUGAAGUUGGGAAUCAGCUUUGGGCUUUUUUAAGUGUUAAACAGGUAACCAGUCAGCCCUGUGUUGAACAGACAUUCAGCCUUUUACUGCCAAUUUUAGGAUUUUUUGUUCAAACUAUAGAUCCUCAGCUGAUAAGUCAGGUAGUAAGUUUGCAGACCUCACUACUUAAAUUGGAGCCUGCUGAUCACGUCUGUUUUGCAAUGCUGGGUUUUGUCUCUUCCUUAGAAAAGCUUUUUAUACCUCAGGUUAUAAAGGACAAAAUUCUGCCCCACCUGUCUUCUAUUUUUGCCUUACUGCUAGCUGAUAGCAAUUGGCUGCUAGAACAACAUACUUUGGAAGCAUUUACUCAGUUUGCUGCGGGAACACAUCAUGAAGAAAUAGUUCCACAGUGUCUCAGUUCUGAAGAAACUAAGAACAAAGUAGUAGCAUUUCUGGAGAAGUCUGGUUGUAUAGAUGAAACUGAAGCUGCCAAAGUAGAACGUGUGAAACAGGAAAAAGCUGUUUUCCGAAAAUCCUUCACUCAAGUGACUGUAGUAGAAAUGAAGUCAUCUUUACAGCCUUGUGUGAAAAGAGCACGCCAUGACCUCCCGCUGGAAGAAGAGUAUAGGUCAGCAUUGCAAGCAGCAAUGGGGGCCUUGGAAGCAACAGAGUCCUUACUUCAAAAGACUCCUGCUCCAGCCUGGCUUCUCAUGGAAAUGGAAGCUCUGCAACAAAGGAUUGAGAGGUUAAAACAGCAUAUACUCUAGGGUGACUCUUGAGUGGCCCAAUAUCACCAGACAGAACUGCCAGGAUAUUUUGUAAAUGAAAUUUCUAAUUAUGAACAUUUAUGUACGUUUUUUCACAUAUAUAAAAAGAGCUGUAAAAGUGGAUCUAGUGAAAAUAGUUUUUAUUUGACAUUUACAGGAUGGGGUCGGGGAGGGGUAAGACUUUUCAUUAAGAACUUUGGUACAGUGAAAUACAUGUGGAACAGUCAGUAACUGCCAGGUCCACUGAAGGACCCUUCAUUCAUAGUACAACUCUCAGC